CUGGGAGUUGCCUUAUUGGAAAGACCUUCUCAUCCGUCACAAUUUAGAUGUCAUGCACACUGAGAAGAACGUCUUUGACAAUAUAUUUAACACGGUGAUGGAUUUGAAAGGCAAAACUAAAGACGGUCUUGCAGAUAGGAAAGAUAUGACUAUUUGGUGUGAUAGACCCGAACUUUCUGUUGAUCUAGAAUAUCAGGGCAAGGAAGUUCCAAAAGCAGUCUACCAGGUCACAGAACCACAAAAGGCAGCAAUAUUACAAUGGCUUGCGUCUCAGAAGUUUCCAGAUGGCUACUGCUCCAACUAGUCUAGAUGCGUAGACAUGAACAAACUUACCACGACGACGAGCAUGAAAACUCACGAUGCUCAUGUAAUAAUGCAAAGACUUCUACCAAUUGCACUAAAAGAGAUGCUUCCUGAACACGUAUGGUCCUGCAUUACUGAAUUCAGUUUGUUGUUUCAAUCGAUAUGUUCCAGCGUUUUGGAUGCGGCAUCCCUCCGGAGACUACAAGAGUCUGUUCCCAUUCUGAUGUGUAAUCUAGAAAAAAAUAAUGCCUCCAUCGUUUUUCGAUACAAUGGAACAUCUUAUAAUACAUCUUCCGUAUGAGGCUUUGACUGCUGGGCCCGUCUUCUAUCGCUGGAUGUACAGAUUUGAAAGAUUUCUAGGAGAGCUGAAAAAGAAAGUGACCAACAAGGCACACGUUGAGGCUUCAAUUUGUCAAGCGUAUCUUCAACAAGAAAUCUCAACGUUCUCGUCUUUUUACUUCGAGCGUGACGUCAUCACCAGAAGGAAGAGACCUGCCCGGAACGAUGACAUUGGCGAGGAUUUAUAUGAAAAUGUAGUUUCCAUCUUCAAUUACCCAGGCAGAGGUAAAGGUGCUGCGACACAACGAUACAUCGUGGGUGGGGAAUUGCAAAUUGCACAUACUUAUAUCCUCAUGAAUUGUCCAGAAAUCUCACCGUUUUAUCAGUAAGUUAAAUUUGUAGUUAUAAUUGUAAUACGUAUCAAUUAAAUUUGUAGUUAAUUUAUAAUUUUUUUUAUUUUUGAAUUCACUGUGAAUUCAGAGCUUCUUUAUCAGCCUUUCCUGAGAAUCAAAUUGAUGCAUUGGUAGACUCUGAUUUUGUAAAUUGGUACAAGUAUCAGGUAUAUAUAUA